AGAGAAAUCCUUAACACACCACUGUUGACAGUUCGUGAGGCAUCUGUGGAGGAUCUCCUCUUGACAGAGCCAGAACCAGACCGUCCUGGGAAGUGCCGAGUCACGGGAGUUGUUCUGGGGGAUGGGAGCACAGUCCAUGCUGGGAGCGUGGUCCUGACCACCGGUACAUUCCUGAGGGGCAUGGUCCUCAUCGGGCUGGAGAUGCACCCGGCUGGGCGGCUGGGAGACCAACCAGCCAUCGGGCUGGCUCACACUCUGGAGAAACUGGGGUUUGCCGUGGGCAGGCUGAAAACGGGGACGCCGCCCCGACUUGCCAAAGACACGAUUGACUUCAGGGGUCUGGAGGAACGUGCCGCUGACAACCCUCCGGUGCCCUUCAGCUUCCUCAGCAAGACUGUGUGGAUCAAGCCAGAAGAUCAGCUGUCAUGUUACCUGACUCGCACUACCCUGAAAGCCCAGCAAAUUAUCCAGGAUAACCUCCACCUGAACAACCAUGUAAAGGAGACAACCAGAGGCCCGCGGUACUGUCCCUCUCUUGAGUCGAAGGUUCUGCGCUUCCCAAACCGAGAGCAUCAAGUGUGGCUGGAGCCCGAAGGCCUGGAGUCCAAUGUCAUUUACCCCCAGGGCAUAUCGAUGACGCUGCCAGCAGAGCUCCAGGAGCAGGUGGUCAGGUCCAUCCCAGGCUUGGAAAAAGCCAAGAUGUUACAGCCAGGCUAUGGGGUGCAGUAUGAUUUUUUAGAUCCCCGUCAACUGACUGCUUCCCUCGAGUCUCGUCUUGUCCAGUGCCUCUUCUUUGCAGGCCAGGUUAAUGGCACUACAGGCUAUGAAGAAGCUGCAGCUCAGGGCGUGAUUGCAGGGAUCAAUGCUUGCCUGCGGGUUGGUGGCAAGCCCCCUUUCGUGGUCAGUCGCACGGAAGGCUACAUGGGUGUCCUGGUGGACGACCUCACCACGCUGGGCACCAGCGAGCCCUACCGCAUGUUCACCAGCCGCGUGGAGUUCCGCAUGUCCCUCCGGCCGGACAACGCCGACGCCAGGCUCACCCUCAGAGGUUUUGAGGAAGCUGGGUGCGUGUCACAGCAGCGGUAUGAACAAGCAGUCAAGAUGAGAGCUGCUUUGGAGGAUGGAAUUGCAACACUAAAAUCCCUUCAACUCAGCAUAUCCAAAUGGUCCCAGUUAAUACCAGAAGUUCCCAUCAGCAGCAGUCGAAGGUCACCUGCCAGUGCCUUUGAAAUCCUUCAACAUCCAGAGGCUAACAUGGAUGUUUUGGCGAGGGCUGUCCCGGAGCCCCUGGGAAAGCUUGCUCAGUGGAGAGAACUGGCAGAGAGAUUGAAAAUAGAAGCUGCGUACGAGUGGUGUGUAGCCAGCCAGCAGCAGGAGAUGGAGGAGGUGCGGCGGGACGAGGCGCUCCGGCUGCCGGAGGACCUGGAUUACUUUGCCAUCGAUGUGUCGCUCUCGGCAGAGGUGCGGGAGAAGCUGGACUCAAACCGUCCCCAGACGAUUGGGGCAGUCAGCCGCAUCCCUGGAAUUACACCAGCUGCUGUCGUCAACCUCCUCAGGUUUGUGAAAUCCAAUCACCAGAAGACAGAGAAGGUAAAAGCUUUACCUCAGACUGGCAAGUAUUUACCAGGGAAAAUGUACUCGGAGAAAGCAACUUCCUAAAGACAGACGUCAGCAGAGUUUCCUGAAGGAGAAUCCAGAAGCCAGGUUCUAGACCACCUCCAGCAACAGCAACCUCCUUUUCAAUCUGCAGGGACAGAAAAAGAGUUCUUAUUCGUGGUCCAGGGUAUCUCCGUGCACAAGGCCCCUGGCAAGAGGUAUUGA